AUGCGCACCACUCGUUGGGCCCUCAUGCUAUGCCUCUUGGCUUGCCGGGUGGUGUUGGCAGUGUCAUUGUGGAAUCGGAUCUCUAGCUACUUUGGAUCCGCGCCCCGUGAGAUUGAAGUAAAGACCCCGAUACGUCUCAUGAAUGUUGUAAAACCACUUCCACUAAUCACUGUGGAGAAACCACUGGAGAGAUCGGCAGCACCCGUGCCGCGUUUUGAUCCAUUAGCGAUCUUCAGCGGGAAACUGCGGCUGUGUCCUGAAGGUGGAGCCACCUUUUUCGAAGCAUUUUCCACAGUUUGCACAAUGCGCCGCCGAAAAAGAGCUGUCUCGUUCCCGGGCCAUUUUAGGGAAGGAGCCGUCUCCGCCGAAGAACGAGAAGUAAUGCGAAUGUGCUGCGAUAAUGGCUGCGACUUUGACGACCUCCACGACCUGUGCAACCCCUUC